GGACCGUAACCCAGUCUCCCCUGCCGCUUAUUCCUUAUGUCUGAUUACUUCCCCUUGGAUGACUGGCUUUUUCCUUCACAGGUUUCUCAGAAAGCAGACCGUGCGAAUUUCAGGAGCUCCUGGAGCUGUGCCUGCUGCUCUGCCAGCUUCCCAGUCACAGCUGGGAGACUUGGGGCAAGGCAGAGAAGUUUUUGUAUUCAGCUGCCCAGGCAGAGGAGAAUGGGGUCUCCACAGCCUAAAGAAUGAAGACGCGACAGAAUAAAGACUCGAUGUCGAUGAGGAGUGGACGGAAGAAAGAGGCCCCAGGGCCCCGGGAGGAGCUGAGAUCGAGGGGCCGGGCCUCCCCGGGAGGGGUCAGCACAUCCAGCAGCGAUGGCAAAGCUGAGAAGUCCAGACAGACAGCCAAGAAGGCCCGAGUAGAGGAAGCUUCCACCCCAAAAGUCAGCAAGCAAGGCAGGAGUGAAGAGAUCUCCGAGAGUGAAAGUGAAGACACCAAUGCACCAAAAAAGACCAAAACUGAGCAGGAGCUCCCUCGGCCGCAGUCCCCCUCGGACUUGGACAGUCUGGACGGCCGGAGCCUGAAUGAUGAUGGCAGCAGUGACCCAAGGGACAUAGACCAGGACAACCGCAGCACUUCCCCCAGCAUUUACAGCCCUGGGAGUGUGGAGAAUGACUCCGACUCAUCUUCUGGCCUGUCCCAGGGCCCAGCCCGCCCCUACCACCCACCUCCACUUUUCCCUCCCUCCCCUCCACCACCUGAAAGUGCCCCCAGACAGCCAGACGCUGGCUUUGAACCCCAUCCUUCUGUGCCACCCACUGGCUAUCAUGCUCCCAUGGAGCCCCCCACACCCCGAAUGUUUCAGGCUCCGGGGGCCCCUCCCCCUCAUCCACAGCUUUACCCUGGGGGAGCAGGUGGAGUUUUAUCUGGACCUCCGUUGGGACCUAAAGGGGGAGGGGCUGUCUCAGUUGGGGCCUCUAGUGGGGGCAAGCAGCACCCCCCACCCACUACCCCCAUUUCCAUAUCAAGUUCUGGGGCCAGUGGUGCUCCCCCAGCAAAGCCACCCAAUACUCCAGUGGGUGGUGGGAACCUAGCCUCUGCGCCACAACCAGCCUCUUUCCCCCAUGUGACACCAAACCUGCCCCCCCCACCUGCCCUAAGACCCCUCAACAAUGCCUCAGCCUCUCCUCCUGGCCUGGGGGCCCAGCAAGUCCCAGGGCAUCUGCCCUCUCCUCAUGCCAUGGGCCAGGGCAUGGGUGGACUUCCUCCAGGACCAGAGAAAAGCCCAGCUCUGGCCCCCUCACCGCACCCACUACCCCCUGCCUCCUCCUCUGCCCCAGCACCGCCAAUGAGGUAUCCCUAUUCAUCCUCUAGCAGCAUCUCUGCCGCAGCCUCCUCCAGUUCUUCCUCUUCCUCUGCCUCCCAGUACCCUGCAUCCCAGGCCCUGCCCAGCUACCCGCACUCCUUCCCUCCCCCCACGAGCCUCUCCGUCUCCAAUCAGCCUCCUAAGUAUACGCAGCCUUCUCUCCCAUCCCAGGCAGUGUGGAGCCAGGGUCCGCCCCCACCUCCUCCCUACAGCCGCCUCUUGGCCAACAGUAGUGCCCACCCAGGCCCCUUCCCUCCUGCUGGGGCCCAAGCCACUGCUCACCCCGGUGCCCCAGCACAUCACCACCACCAGCAGCAACAGCCUCAGCCUCCACCUCCACCCCCACCCCCACCCCCACCCCAGCAGCCGCAGCCUCAACCUCAGCCACCACAGCACCAUGGAGGCUCGGGGCCCCCACCGGGAGCAUACCCACACCCUCUGGAGAACAGUGGCUCCCACCAUACACACCCUUACACCAUGUCUCCCUCCUUGGGGUCCCUGCGGCCCUACCCUCCUGGGCCUGCACACCUGCCCCCGCCUCACAACCAGGUGUCCUAUAGCCAGGCAGGCCCCAGUGGUCCCCCAGUCUCCUCCUCGUCCAACUCCUCUUCCUCCUCGCAAACGUCCUACCCAUGCUCACACCCCUCCUCUUCCCAGGGUCCCCAGGCAGCGCCUUACCCCUUCCCUUCGGUGCCUCCGGUCACCACCUCUUCAGCCACCCUUUCCACAGUAAUCGCCACUGUGGCUUCCUCGCCAGCAGGCUACAAAACGGCCUCCCCACCUGGGCCCCCACCCUACGUCAAAAGAGCCCCGUCCCCAUCCCCGGGUAACUACAAGACUAACACCCCGCCCGGGUACAAGCCAGGCUCACCACCCUCCUUCAGAACGGGGACCCCGCCAGGCUACCGCGGCGCCUCCCCGCCUGCAGGCCCGGGAACGUUCAAGCCGGGCUCUCCCACCGUGGGCCCCGGGCCUCUGCCGCCCCCGGGGCCUUCGAGCCUGCCUGCCCUUCCGCCGCCGCCAGCCGCGGCCUCUGCCGCGGGGCCACCCCUGAGCGCCACGCAGAUCAAACAGGAGCCGGCCGAGGAGUACGAGGCCCCCGAGAGCCCAGUGCCCCCGGCCCGCAGCCCCUCGCCCCCUCCCAAGGUGGUGGACGUGCCCAGCCACGCCAGCCAGUCGGCCAGGUUCAACAAACACCUGGACCGUGGCUUCAACUCGUGCGCGCGUAGCGAUUUGUACUUCGUGCCACUGGAGGGCUCUAAGCUGGCCAAGAAGCGGGCCGACCUAGUGGAGAAGGUGCGGCGCGAGGCCGAGCAGCGCGCGCGCGAAGAAAAGGAGCGGGAGCGGGAGCGGGAGCGCGAGAAGGAGCGCGAGCGCGAGAAGGAGCGCGAGCUGGAGCGCAGCGUGAAGUUGGCACAGGAGGGUCGUGCCCCAGUAGAGUGCACAUCUUUGGGCCCAGUGCCCCAUCGCCCUCCGUUUGAACCUGGCAGUGCGGUGGCCACAGUGCCCCCCUACCUGGGUCCUGACACUCCAGCCCUGCGCACUCUCAGUGAAUAUGCCAGACCUCACGUCAUGUCUCCAGGCAAUCGAAACCAUCCUUUUUAUGUGCCCCUGGGGGCAGUGGACCCGGGGCUCCUGGGUUACCCAGCCCUAUACAGCAGUGAUCCCGCCGCCCGGGAGAGGGAGCGGGAAGCCCGUGAACGAGACCUCCGUGAUCGUCUCAAACCUGGUUUUGAGGUGAAGCCUAGUGAGCUGGAACCUCUCCAUGGGGUCCCUGGGCCAGGCCUGGAUCCCUUCCCCCGACAUGGGGGCCUGGCUCUGCAGCCUGGCCCGCCUGGCCUGCACCCUUUCCCUUUUCACCCGAGCCUGGGGCCUCUGGAGCGAGAACGUCUAGCGCUGGCAGCUGGGCCAGCCCUGCGGCCUGACAUGUCCUAUGCUGAGCGGCUGGCAGCUGAGAGGCAGCAUGCAGAAAGGGUGGCAGCCCUGGGCAAUGACCCACUGGCCCGGCUACAGAUGCUCAAUGUGACCCCGCAUCACCACCAGCACUCCCACAUCCACUCACAUCUGCACCUGCACCAGCAGGAUGCCAUCCAUGCAGCCUCUGCCUCAGUGCACCCUCUCAUUGACCCUCUGGCCUCAGGCUCUCACCUUACACGGAUCCCUUACCCAGCCGGGACCCUCCCUAAUCCCCUUCUUCCUCACCCUCUGCACGAGAACGAAGUUCUUCGUCACCAGCUCUUUGCUGCCCCUUAUCGGGACCUGCCAGCCUCCCUGUCGGCUCCCAUGUCUGCAGCACAUCAGCUGCAGGCCAUGCACGCGCAGUCGGCCGAGUUGCAGCGCUUGGCGCUGGAACAGCAGCAAUGGCUGCAUGCCCACCACCCCCUGCACAGUGUGCCGUUGCCCGCCCAGGAGGAUUACUACAGUCACCUGAAGAAGGAAAGCGACAAGCCGCUGUAGACCCUCCGUCAGAAGUGCUCCCAUAGCUCCUGCAUCUGGACCAGGAGGACCUGCUCCUGCCCCGUCCACCACCCAACACGAGGAGAGGGUGCUCAGUGGCAGGGGCUCUGCAGCUGGGCAGAGGGAGGAAGGGCCUCACAGAAGGCCAAGGCGUGGGUGGGGGUGGGGGGUGCACGGGGGGAGGGGCAAAAGCCCUCAGCGUCGCUGACCAGGUCCCUCUUUCUUGUCCCCGGCUCCCCUCAUCCCGAUGCUCAACCUUCAGUUGCCCCCAUUGGUGUGAUGAUCUCAUCUGUUAGAUGUGGCUGUUUUGCGUAGCAUCGUGUGCCACCCCUGCCCCGCCCCUUUGUGCGCACCCCCUGCGAUGUCUGCCCUUGUCCUGCCCCACAUUAAUAAUUUAUAUAUAUAAAUAUCUAUAUGACGCUCUUUAAAAAAAAAAAUCCCAAUCAAAACCAACCAAACAAAAAUGCCCUCACGACUCCCCAGAAAGAUGGCUGUGACUUGUUUUUUGUGGGCCACAGGGAUAGGCCGGGGGCUUUAUGGGGUGUGGAAGCGGGAGGUAAUGGGCUGAAGCUGGUUGUGGACCCUGACACCGAACAGAAGACCCCAAUGGCUCAAGAUCCUCGGAUGUGCUGGUCCUUACCUUGCCCAGGCUAGCAAGAGCCUAGACCCUGGCAGAAACCCACAGAAGGCAUGGUCAGGCCUAGCAAAUCUCUCACUUUGGAGGUGAUCCUGUCACUCAUGCUAGGUGCCACUAGAGACCCCUAGAAGGAGGGCUUCAGAGUCCUGAGUCUUCUCAAAAUAGUUUGAGAUAGGGGGAUAGGAGGCCAGGGGAGUUGGGCAUGGCUUCAACAGACCAACGAAAUUAUGCGCCUAUCCACCACGCCCCCACCUUCAGCAUGGGAUUGAAUCCACACCCUUUGAGAAAAGCUGGUUUCCAAUUCUCGAUCCUCCUGCGUCAAUUUCCCAGAAUGCUGGGGUUACAAGCAUGCCCCACGCCCUGCUAGCACCAGGUAUUAACUGGCGACGGAUUCAAUCACCUGAAUGAGUCUGAGCCAGUUUAGCAAAGCGCUAAGGGCUCACCCUAGAAUUUGUAGUACUGCUAACCAUUGUCUUCCGGCUUUUAAGAAAAAGAUGGACUGUGAUUGGUUGGCUUUUAAACCAAUCAGCAUUAGAUUCAUUUGCAUAGUAGAUAUUAAACUUUCAGGAACUCUAGAAAUAAAUGAUUUUGCUCAGUUCCUUAGCGUACUUUUUUCUCCUAUUGAAGAGCAUGGUGUGCUCUGUUGUUUGUACAUCAGC